CAAUUGUUGCUGCCGUUUUGACUGGCAGCAGUUCCAUGUUUGUCUAACCUUAUGCCAUGAGCUGAGCAAACGUAUUCGCAAUCGACGGAACUUUGACGACGAAUUUGCAUGUCAUCCCAGCCAGCUGAUCCCAUAUAAUCUCAGCCUCUAUCCAGCUUUACCCCACCCGAAUCGCUUGGCUUUGCCAUCUCCCAAGUAUUCCACUUAAUUUGUUCGCUUUAGUUUUAAUGAAUUUGUCGCAUAGUAUCUUGAUGACAGAGCCAAGAGCCAUGAAAUUCAUGUGGCACUUACAUGGCAUUACUUUCCAGAGAGAGUCGCUACAAAGAGCUAACUGACGGCUGGGCCUGCGCUCAGUGGCACUCGAGACUCGGAGCGAGCAGCACGCGCAGAGCCGUUCAGAAUGCAUCAACAUUGGGCCUUAAGUCUGGGUCUGUUGGGCGUCGUCUUACAGCUGCUGGGCCAUGAGGCCACGCCCAACGCCUACGGCGACCAUUACUACAACAAUGCGAGUGUCAGGCAGCUGCGCUUCCACGACUUCGAGCCGCGCGAGGAGAGUGUGGUCAGAGAUGAAGGCGAGAGGCGUCAGGCGCGCGGCUUUCACUUCAAUGCCAGCGGCGAGGAUGUCAGCGUCGAAAUGGAGUUCAUAAUUCCCAUGGUCAAGGUGCCCGUGAAGCGCAGCAUGCAGCUGGCCCGCGAUGCCGUCCAGGGUCUGCUCAAUCUGCGCGCCACAGCGCUGCUCAACACGGCGCUGGUUGUGGCCGCCGGCGCGAUUAUAGCCGGAGUCGUACGCCUGGUGCUGGCGCCCCUCGUCUUUACCACCCUUAGCAGUGCAAAUGGCUACGGCUACGGCUAUGGCAAUGGCUAUGGCUACAGUGCCAAGCAGCACGAGAGCAGACGUGGCAUGCGUAGCCUGACACAGGUGCUGGAGUCACAGCUGGACGCGCACAGCAUCGAUGUCUCCGUCUGUGCACAACGCGCCAUUUGCCACUACUUGCAGCAGAAUGCGGCACAGCUACACAUGCAGUUCCUGUAUUUGAUUACAACGUGCCUCAUCCUGUCCAGCUGCGUGGCAGCCGAGUCCGAGGAGACGCAGCAUGAUGGCAGAGGCGCCACAGCUUCAAGCAGCCACAAGCAGCAGAAGAGCAAUCAGGGAUUCCGUCUCAUAUCCUUCGACAGCGUUGACAAGGAUCUGGCGCUGGGUCUGAACUAUCUGAUGCCAUUUGUGGAGGUGCCGAUCAAACGUAAACCCAAUGCACCGCCUCGACCGUUGGUAAUCGUCAAUUCCGCUGCCAUCCUGAGCUGUGGCCUGGUGGCCGCCGGCGGCUUCGCAGUGGGUCAUCUCAUACGCAGCAUGGGCCUGGAGACAAUAGUGCCGGCUGGCAAGAGCGAGACUGCCGGGGAGCACGCUGAGCGCCGUCUGCUCGACGAGAAGCAGAGUUUCCUGCAGCUCUUCGAUAACUUCAAGCUGAUCUAUCGCAAUGCCAGCGGCGAAAGAGUGGAGACCGGACUGCCCAGCCUGCUGAGCACCAUCGAACGCACCUUUCUGGAGAACGACAUCAAUCUGCCCGUGUGCCUGCUCAAGUCCAUUUGCACGCUGACCCACAGAGCGGGCGAGAGUGUGCGCAGUGGCCAGGCCUCCGACUUGGAGCUGAUGGUGGAUGGCGCCGCCAACUGGUCCUGGCUGCUCUCCUGGCUGGAGCAGUCGGCACUGCGCCAAGCCAUCGAAGCGGGCCGCACAGCCAAUCCCAACUACUGCACCUACGCAUAUCCGCAGUGCAAGUGGAAGGCGCCCGAGGAGCAGCUGCUCGAGCUGCUGCGGAAUAAUGUGCGAUUCAAGUGA